CCGCCGGGGAAACGGAACGGGCGUAGGCCCCCCGCUCCUGCCACCCGUCCCGCUGCCUCCCGCGGCCUCCUGCACUGUUCCCGGAGCGGGGGAGUGCGGAAUCUGCCGCGCGGAACCCGCCGAGACGUACGCGCCCUGGGCGGCUGGUGCGGGCAAAGAUGGCGUCGGUGUGGGAUGAGUCUGAGGAUGGCGUCGGCGAGGAGGUGCUGAAGAUGUCCACGGAGGAGAUCGUGCAGCGCACGCGGCUCCUCGACAGCGAGAUCAAGAUCAUGAAGAGUGAAGUACUGAGAGUCACCCAUGAGCUUCAGGCCAUGAAAGAUAAGAUCAAGGAGAACAGUGAGAAGAUCAAAGUGAACAAAACCCUGCCCUACCUUGUCUCCAACGUUAUCGAGCUGUUAGAUGUUGACCCCAAUGACCAGGAGGAGGAUGGUGCAAACAUUGACCUGGAUUCCCAGAGAAAGGGCAAGUGUGCUGUGAUCAAGACCUCUACACGCCAGACAUAUUUCCUUCCUGUUAUUGGGUUGGUUGAUGCUGAGAAGUUGAAGCCUGGAGACCUAGUGGGAGUGAACAAAGACUCUUACCUGAUCCUGGAGACUCUACCUACUGAGUAUGAUUCACGGGUGAAGGCAAUGGAGGUGGACGAGAGACCCACAGAGCAGUACAGUGACAUUGGAGGGCUGGACAAACAGAUUCAAGAGCUCGUGGAGGCCAUUGUCCUGCCAAUGAAUCACAAGGAAAAGUUUGAGAACUUGGGUAUACAGCCACCCAAAGGCGUCCUUAUGUAUGGCCCUCCAGGAACAGGGAAGACACUGUUAGCUCGAGCUUGUGCUGCCCAGACCAAGGCUACCUUCCUGAAGCUCGCAGGUCCACAGCUCGUGCAGAUGUUUAUUGGUGAUGGAGCUAAGCUGGUACGUGACGCUUUCGCUCUAGCCAAGGAAAAGGCUCCUUCCAUCAUUUUUAUUGAUGAACUGGAUGCCAUCGGCACUAAAAGGUUUGACAGUGAGAAGGCUGGUGAUCGGGAGGUGCAAAGAACCAUGCUGGAGCUGCUUAAUCAAUUGGAUGGUUUCCAGCCCAACACACAAGUCAAGGUGAUUGCUGCAACCAACCGUGUCGAUAUCUUGGACCCAGCUUUGCUCCGCUCUGGACGAUUAGAUCGCAAGAUAGAGUUCCCAAUGCCCAAUGAGGAGGCCAGAGCCAGAAUUAUGCAGAUCCAUUCCCGCAAAAUGAAUGUCAGCCCUGAUGUGAACUAUGAGGAGCUGGCUCGCUGCACAGAUGACUUCAACGGGGCACAGUGCAAGGCCGUGUGUGUAGAGGCGGGGAUGAUCGCCCUCCGUCGUGGAGCUGCAGAGCUCACCCAUGAGGAUUACAUGGAAGGAAUUCUGGAGGUUCAAGCCAAGAAAAAAGCCAAUUUGCAGUACUAUGCCUGACCUCUGCCUAGUCAAGGAGAUUGCUGUGGUAGAGGACAGGACUAGACAGGACUGUAUGGCUUACUUUGCCUGGAGAAAAAUAAAGUGGUGUUUUUUUUUUUUUUCCCCUAAACCCAAAUUUGUGAUGUUUUGGGGCUGUUGCCCUUCCUGGGUGGUUCUACAUCUGCAAAAGGAAGGCAAAAGCCUCCUCUUCACAGUACCCAUUGGCUGUCUUUGGAGCUUCCUGCUAGAACUGGAUUAAAUCCUGCUCUGCCACUGCUGGAUGAGGACCACCAAACCAUACUGCAGUAAGCAUACUUCGAAUUGGUGCAUUGCAGCCAGGGAGCACCCCUGGUUGCUGGUGCAGCCAGUGAAAGUCUGUACAGUUUUGUUACAGUCGGGAAGUGUUGGAACCAACUCAUUUUGUCGGGAGAGGUGAGCACUAUUCACAUGUAAGGGAAGUUUUAACUGUCAUUUAAACUCACCUUUGGGAGGUUUGCCACCACUGCUGGUAGGUGUGUGAGCUCUCUGGUCCAUCAGUCUGGUAAUCAGAAAGAAUUCAGGGUUCCACCUCAUUGAGCAAGUCUUUCAGUGCUUUUAAUGCCAGUUGAGAAUUACAGCUUCCAUUUAAAAAUUACACUUGUCAUAAAUACACUGACUUUAGCAUUAUCUUACAUGCCACUGUAUUGUAUUUUAAAUACAAUGUAAACAUCUCCAAA